UCUUCUCUCCGCUCUAUUUUUUUCAUCCUAUCGAUUUUGCAGUUUAGCCCCCGAAGAAGCUCGGAUUUCGAGUCGGGUCCCUGGGCUCGAUCCUGCCGUGCCCCCUGCUCCGAUCGAGCGCGCGAGGGUCUCGUGAGGUGCAUCCUGAGCAUUCUGCCUCCUUGCUGUGGCGUGGGCGCGAUUCCGCGCUCGGUUUCGUUUCUUCCGGCGCAGAUUUCGUGUUUUUUGGCUCAGAUUUGGCUUGUGGCCGACCGCCUAGGCGUUUCUCGCGUGUUUCGGCUUGUCUGGAUCGGUUUGGGACUGGAUUUGGUUGCCGCUGGCUGGCUGGCUGGGGAGCUUGGAUCUUCGCGUUCGAGCUUUAGCAUUGGAAACCCUCAGAUUGGGGAUUUCCUGCCGGAGGAAGCUUUCUGGAGGAGCUGCCUUUGGGAGGAACUCUUCCAGUUCUGAGGGUUUCAGUGUUCGCCUGGCUUGAGAAAAGCCGGGAAAUCUCGUAUUUAGGGUAGGUUCUAGGAGAUUUCGUGUAGUGGAGAGCAAAAGUUUGGGUGAUUUUGGUGGUCAAGUCUGGUGGUGGAAGCCCUCAGGCCGGAGAUUUCCUCCUUCCGGUGGACGACCAAAGGAGCCGCCUUUGGAAGGAGUUUCUUGCCAUACAAGAGGUCGGAGAUUUCCUCACACCCAGGAAGCCAAGCAAGGGCUUCCUUUGGGAGGAACUCUUCCAGUUCUCCGGGUUUGCGCUUAGCGGUGCGGGUAUAUAAGUGGAAAUCUGCAUCCCUGGGAAGGAUACAAAUUAUUUCGAGGCUGGGAACUUUGGAAUUGGUUUGGAUAAGGAGUUCUUGCAAUGGGAAAUCAGUGCCAGAACGGGACUCUUGGGAGUGAUUACCACAAUCGGUUCCCAAGGGAGCAUGCUGUAUCUAGGUACGCUGAUGGGUAUGUUCAGGAGGAUAGCUACUUGGACCUGAAGAAGUUUGACAAUACUUGGCCUGAGGUGAACAACUUUAAGCCUACUGCUGCGGGUAUUCUCCGGCGAGGGUUGGAUCCUACAUCUAUCGAUGUCCUUGGGCGGAAGACGCCGGACGUAAGGGAGCAUUAUAUCCUUGGUCGGAAGCUUGGUCAGGGCCAGUUUGGCACAACUUACCUCUGUACCGAGAUCAGUACAGGGUGUGAGUAUGCCUGCAAGACCAUCCCAAAGCGCAAGCUCAUCACCAAGGUGGAUGUUGAAGAUGUUCGUCGUGAGAUUCAGAUAAUGCACCAUUUGUCAGGUCACAAGAAUGUUGUUGCAAUUAAGGAUGUCUAUGAGGAUGCACAAGCAGUGCACAUCGUGAUGGAGCUCUGCUCUGGUGGGGAGCUUUUUGACAGGAUUCAGGAGAAGGGGCAUUACAGUGAGCGGAAGGCUGCAGAGCUUAUAAAAAUUAUUGUCAGCAUUGUGUCUAUGUGCCAUUCACUUGGGGUGAUGCACCGUGAUCUUAAACCAGAAAAUUUCCUUCUUUUGGAUAAAGAUGAUGAUCUGUCAAUAAAGGCAAUAGAUUUUGGUCUAUCUGUUUUCUUCAAACCAGGUCAGAUUUUCACUGAGCUGGUUGGGAGCCCAUAUUAUGUUGCUCCUGAGGUACUGCACAAACGUUAUGGACCAGAAUCUGAUGUGUGGUCAGCUGGUGUGAUUCUUUAUGUUUUGCUGAGCGGGGUGCCACCAUUUUGGGCAGAGACACAGCAAGGAAUAUUUGAUGCAGUUCUGAAUGGUCACAUUGAUUUUCAAUCUGAUCCAUGGCCAAAAAUAUCUGACAGUGCAAAGGAUCUUAUAAGGAAAAUGCUCUGCCAUUGUCCUUCAGAGCGUCUGAAGGCCCAUGAAGUGCUACGACAUCCUUGGAUCUGUGAAAAUGGAGUGGCCACUGAUCAAGCUCUGGAUCCCAGUGUUAUCUCUCGGCUCAAACAAUUCUCUGCAAUGAACAAGUUGAAAAAGUUGGCUUUGAGAGUGAUAGCUGACCGUCUUUCAGAGGAGGAAAUUGCUGGUUUAAGAGAAAUGUUCAAGGCAGUGGACACAAAGAAUAGAGGGGUAAUCACUUUUGGUGAGCUUAGAGAAGGUUUAAGAAGAUUUGGUGCUGAAUUUAAGGACACAGAGAUUAGUGAUAUAAUGGAAGCGGCUCACAACGACAACAAUGUAACAAUCAAGUAUGAAGAAUUUAUUGCUGCAACUCUACCUCUUAACAAGAUAGAGCGUGAAGAGCACUUGAUGGCAGCUUUUACAUAUUUUGACAAAGAUGGAAGUGGUUAUAUCACGGUUGACAAGCUUCAACGAGCUUGUGGAGAACAUAACAUGGAGGAUUCUUUCCUUGAAGAGAUAAUUUUAGAGGUUGAUCAAAACAAUGACGGCCAAAUUGACUACGCUGAAUUUGUAGCCAUGAUGCAAGGCAACAACGUUGGGCUAGGGUGGCAGGGAAUGGAAAGCAGUUUGAAUGUAGCAUUAAGAGACGCACCUCAAGUACAUUGAUGCACAGAUGUAUAGAUUUUGUUCUCUUCUCUUGUCCAUUAAUUCUUCACUACCCAAUUCGGGCUGUGACUUUGUACGAGAAGGGAGCAAGUCAAUUCAUUUAGUUGGUAUUUAUUCCAAGCAAGUGUGUGAGGUUGAUAAGUAGCAUAGUCUCUGUGGAGACAAUAGCAUGGGGUUAUAAAUAUAGCGUUGGUAUAUUGGUUGAUGUAGUUGCAGGGCCGACUAGCAAUUUUAGAAAAAAAAAAAACAAAAGAGGUGCAUUCGCUUUGUUGAUUGUUCUAUCAACUACCUGUACUAUUACGCAAUGAAAGUCCUGAUGUUUGCGUUCCUAUAACCUCAA